AUGAUGUCUAAACGGAGUGUUGUUCAGAUCUGCGGCUUUGUCUUUUUCUUUGUCGUGGUGCAUUACGCUCACGGGGACCUGAGCUAUUCUGUCCUGGAGGAGCAGAAGCGAGGAUCUGUUAUAGGAAAUAUUGCGAAGGAUCUGGGCCUGGAGGUGGGCAGACUGUCUGCUCGAAAAGCUCGUGUUGAUAUGGAGGGAAGCGACAAACAAUACUGCGGGGUAAAUCUUCAGAGCGGGGAUUUAUUCGUUUCUGAAAGAAUUGACCGAGAGGAGCAUUGUGGAGAGAAGCCUUCGUGUGUUCUCAAAUUCGACUUGCUGUUGGAGAAUCCAUUGGAGUUACACCGGUUGUCUCUGCAGGUGCAGGAUGUUAACGACAACGCGCCAUUUUUCCCAAAGGAUAUAAUAAAGCUCGAAAUAAGUGAAUCAGCUGACAAAGGAGCCAAGUAUCGUAUCAGUGCAGCACAGGAUGCAGAUAUAGGCAAGAACUCAGUUCAGAGCUACAUUUUGCAAGAAAACCCUCACUUUGUUUUCAAUAUUCAGACGACAAGCGCUGGCAGUAAAUACGGUGAGUUGGUUUUGGAUAAAGAGUUAGAUCGAGAGGAGCAGCAGGAGAUGAAAUUAUUGCUCACAGCUGUUGAUGGAGGCUCUCCUCAGAGAUCCGGGACUGUAGUCAUACACGUCAUUGUACUAGAUGCUAAUGAUAACGCCCCAGUGUUCACUGAGAGCAUCUAUACAGCAACGAUAGCAGAAAACUCACCCAUAAAUACACCUGUGAUCACUGUGAGUGCAUCUGACGCAGAUGAAGGUGUCAACGGAGAAGUAACGUAUGAGUUUGGUCGAAUCUCUGAUAAAUCCCGAAAGUUGUUUUCACUGGAGGAGAAAACUGGAGUGAUCAGUGUUGCAGGAAGCAUCGAUUAUGAAGAGGGAUCCAAAUAUGAAGUUUCUGUUGAGGCUAAAGAUCGCAAUGGUCUCUCCUCAGAAGCAAAAGUGAUAAUUGAUAUUACUGAUGUGAAUGAUAAUGCUCCUCUGAUUUACAUAAAAUCACUGACAUCUCCCAUCCCUGAGAACGUGUCACCUGGAUCAGAGGUGGGCAUCAUUAACGUGCAGGACAGAGACUCUGAUAGUAACAGACAGGUCCGCUGCUCCAUUCAGCAAAAUGUCCCAUUUAAGUUGGUUCCUUCAAUUAAAAACUAUUAUUCUCUGGUGAGCACAGGACAACUGGACCGUGAACUAGUGUCUGAUUACAACAUUACAAUCAGUGCCACUGACGAGGGCUCUCCACCUCUGUCUUCGUCUAAAACUGUUCAGUUAUCUGUAGCAGACAUCAACGACAACCCACCUGUGUUUGAGGAGCAGUCGUACAGCGCAUAUGUGAGUGAGAAUAACAAAGCUGGCUCCACUUUAUGUUCCGUUAGUGCUCGAGACCCCGACUGGAGACAGAACGGUACAGUGAUUUAUUCUCUGUUAGGCGGUGAGGUGAACGGUGCCCCGGUGUCCUCCUAUGUGUCAGUAAACGGAGACACGGGGGUGAUCCACGCUGUGAGGUCGUUUGAUUAUGAACAGUUCCGGAGCUUCAAAGUUCAGGUGAUGGCCAGAGACAACGGUUCUCCUCCUCUCAGCAGCAACGUGACCGUGAGUGUGUUCAUAUCAGAUGUGAAUGACAACUCUCCUCAGAUCCUGUACCCCGGGCCAGAGGGCAAGUCGUUCAUGACCGAGCUGGUCCCCAAAGCUGCACACGGAGGCUCUCUGGUGUCCAAAGUGAUAGCGGUGGACGCGGACUCUGGACAGAACGCCUGGCUGUCGUAUCAGAUAGUGAAAUCCACUGAUCCGGGACUUUUCACUAUUGGUGUCCACAGUGGAGAGAUCAGGACCCAGCGGGACAUUUCUGAAUCUGACAGCAUGAAACAGAACCUUGUAGUGUCAGUGAAAGAUAACGGGCAGCCCUCUCUGUCUGCCACCUGUUCCAUGUAUUUACUGAUUUCUGAUAACUUGGCUGAGGUGCCAGAACUGAAGGACAUUUCUUAUGAUGAGAAGAACUCCAAACUGACCUCUUAUCUGAUCAUCGCGCUGGUGUGUGUGUCGACGUUUUUUCUGACCUUCAUCAUCAUCAUCCUCGGUGUGAGGUUUUGUCGCAGGAGAAAGCCCAGACUGUUGUUUGACGGAGCAGUGGCCAUCCCCAGCGCGUAUCUCCCUCCUAAUUACGCAGAUGUUGACGGCACAGGAACUCUACGCAGCGCUUACAAUUAUGACGCCUACCUGACAACAGGGUCUCGAACCAGUGACUUUAAGUUUGUGUCAUCGUACAAUGACAACACACUGCCAGCUGACCAGACUCUGAGGAAAAGUCCAUCAGACUUUGCUGAAGUGUUUGGAGAUUGUGACGACUCUCCUGAGGUAGGAAUAUGA